AUGGCAUCGAACAUCAAGCACAACCUGUCUCGCGUGAAGCUCAUCCACAACCCAAACUAUCAACGCUCUGGUCUGAAGUCCUAUGUCUACCUUCUCAGAAAGUACAGCUUCGCCCCUACCCUCGAUGGACCUUACUUCGUCAACAACAUCGUCGAGCAGAUGGGAAAGCCGCUUCUGGCCGGCAAGUUCGCCUCUCACAUCGGCGGCCGUGCUCGUGUCAAGCAGCACAUCUUGAUGAAGAAGGAUCCCAGCAGUGGACACGAAGGCCAAGUCUCUGCCGAGGACCAGCAGAACGACUCCGAGUAUCUUUGUCAAGUUCAGAUUGGCACUCCCGCCCAGACACUGACUCUUGACUUUGACACUGGCUCAUCUGAUCUUUGGGUGUGGUCUACCAAUCUUGGUCAGGAUAUCCAGACACAGGGCAAACAAGCUGGCCACACCAUCUUCGAUCCGUCUAAGAGCAGCACCUGGAAGGAGUCCUCUGGCAGCAGCUGGCAGAUUUCGUACGGAGACCAGUCUUCAGCAAGCGGCACUGUUGGUACCGACGUCGUCACUGUCGGCGGUCUUUCCAUCCAAAACCAGGCUGUUGAGGUCGCCAAUCAGAUCUCUGAUCAGUUCGUCCAGAGCACUGGCGAUGGUCUCUUUGGGCUUGCCUGGGGAUCUAUCAACACAGUGCAGCCUACGCCUGUCGAUACUCCAGUUGAGAACAUGAUCAAGCAGGAAGACAUCCCCAAGGAUUCUGAGCUGUUCACUGCCUACUUGUCUUCGCACAAGGGUAGCGACGACAGUUUCUACACGUUUGGCUACAUUGAUACUUCGGUCACAGGCGGUCAGACCAUCAACUACACUCCAGUAGAUAACUCUCAAGGCUUCUGGACGGUUCCAUCUACUUCAGCUCACGUCAACGGCAAGCAGAUUAGCCGCCACAACAACACUGCCAUCAUGGACACAGGAACUACUCUGUGCCUGGUUGAUGACUCUUUCGUCAAAGCCGUCUACGCAGCCAUUCCUGGAGGCAAGUAUGACUCAAGACAACAAGGCUGGGUCUUUCCUACCAAUACUGCCGCCUCUAAGCUUCCUAUCGUCACUCUCGCCAUCGGCGAUCAUCAAUACACCAUCAACAAGGAAGAUCUUGGUUUCGCCGACGCUGGAAAUGGUAUGACCUACGGAGGUAUCCAGAGCAGGGGCUCUAUGUCCUUCGAUAUCUACGGCGACGUGGUCCUUAAAUCGAUCUACGCCAUUUUCGAUCAAGGAAACCAGAGAUUUGGCGCUGUUCAGCGCCCUGACUCGUCCACUCAAAGCUCUUGA